CCUGGAGCAUGGGUGCAGUCCGCUUCAGCGGGACCAGGAGCAGCAGCAGGCAGGCGGAGGAAGAGCCAGCGCCUGCGCCAGCAACAGCGCCUCGUCUGUCCUCUCUCCGGCGUGUCAUCUCGCGACCAUGAGUCAGUACGGUUCUCACAACGCGCUGAGCACCAACAUGAGCUUGAACCGCAGGGCAGAGCCGACCGCCGGUGGGGGGUCCUUCCGCUACACCCGCAGCGAGUUGGUGCAAGGAGCCGGCAACGGAUACGAUCACUUUGUGGACUCGUACAACACGGUGACCAAGACCUCUGCUGCAGGAGGGGGGAUGGCGGGAGACACCAUCGGAAGAAUGACGAGCACAACGGGAGGCGCAAUUAGCGGCCUCACUGACAUCCAUCAGAGGGCCUCGUCGCUUCAAGCGCAGUGCCAGGAGGACCUGAGGCGAGCCGAAUUCGCCCUACAGUCGGGAGGUAAUAUGGCUGAUGCAGAGCAGCACAUGCUGAGGGCAAAAGACACGAUUGAGCAACUGAAGACCUACGCGAUGGACCUGAGGCAGAUGGGACAGCCAAGUGACAACGUUGUCAGAACUUGGGAGAUUUGUAACGAUCAGCUGAAGGGGGUCCACUUGGCCAUGGCUGGCUCUUUGCAAAGGCGCAGGAGCAUGAAAGCAAGCUCUGGUUCUUGGGAGGAGCCGGGGAGGAGCUUCCAAGACGCCGUGGCCUGGAUUGAGCAGCAAAAGCGUCUGAUCGAAACGACAUACUGGGGAGAAGAUCCCGCUGGCAUCGAGAAGAACCUCAUGAGCCACCAGAGGUUUCACAACUCGCUCCAGAACAGCCCGCAAGUGGACCGAGCCCGCAGUGACCUGGUUAAGAAAGGAGACAAAGGAAACCUUCAUGCUUUGGACCAGGAGUGGGACAGUCUUAAGCAAAUGUCAUUUACGCGGAUGCGGCGGCUGGAAGACCUGCAGCAGAUUAUUCAGGAACUCUCCAAAGAGAUCAUGUGGGUCAACGACAAGGAAGAAGAGGAGUUGAUCUUCGAUUGGAGCGAAAAGAACCUCGACCAGUACAUCCCCCGGAAGCAAGAAAGCUAUUCGAAACUGAUGAGUGCCCUUGAGGAGAAAGAAAAGCAUCUGAAUAAGCUGAAAGUGAGAGUGGAUGCCCUGCUGAAGAACAACCACCCGGCGUCGGACAAGAUCGAGGCAUACAGGGACACGCUGCAGACUCAGUGGAGCUGGCUCCUUCAAAUUACCAAGUGCAUCGACGUGCAUCUGAAGGAGAAUGCGGCCUACAACCAGUUUUUUAAGGAGGCAAAUGAGACAUUCAGAGCCCUCCAGGGGCAACGGGAAUCCAUUCGGAAAAAGUUUGCCUGUGACAAGAACACUCCACUGGAGAACCUGCUGGAGCUGCUCAAGGGCCUGGAGAGGGAGCGAGAGACGUUAAGAGAUCAGAAGAGGCAAGUUCAACAUCUCGUGAACAAGUCCAAAGGCAUCGUCAGACUGAGAUCCAGAAACCCAGAAGAGAAGAGCAGCCGACCUGUGAUCGUCAAAGCCCUGUGUGACUUCAAACAAGACCAGAAGGUGAUCUGUAAGGGUGACGAGGCCAUCUUGAAGGACAACAGUCAGCGCAGCAAGUGGGCCGUUACGGGCCCGGGCGGGUUAGAUAUGGUCAUCCCGUCUGUGUGCUUGAUCCUGCCUCCUCCCAAUCCACUCAGCAUCAAUCUGGCUAUCGAAAACGAGCAGUGCUACGAGUCCAUCAUGUCUUUCUGGAACCAGUUGUACAUCAACGUGAAGAGUCUCAUCGCCUGGCGCUACUGCCUUCUGGAUAUCGAACGCAUCAACUCGCUCACCAUCUCCGUGCUGGCUCGGAUGAAUCCCGAGGAGUACUCGCAGUUUAUCAACAGCCUGGAGACUCACUAUGAGGAGUUCAAACGGAGUUGCCAAGGCUCCCAGAUGUUUGCUGAAAACGACAAGAGGGGCAUCGAGAACCAGUUCAACGCGGCUCAGGCCUACUACGGGACCCUGGUGGUGCAGUUGCCCACUUACCAAGCCCAACAAGCACAGCAUCAGUUCAUUCUAAUGACAGCGACUGCCGACGAAGAAGUCAGACAGCUGGAGGAAGAGCGGCAGAGAAGCGAGCUGACAAAAGUGAAGAAAGAGGUCGUGAGAGUGUCCAAGGCGGAGCCGCCGAAAAAGAAGGUGGCCUCAUCGUCUCACACUUUAACAGAGCUGCAGGCACUCAGAUUGAAGCUGGCGGCAGCAGAGGGCUCGCUGAGUCAGCAUGUUCACAUCUGCUUGGGAGAUGACGGAGCCAAAGAUUGUGGACUCAAAAUCACACGCUUGGAGGGUGCGCAGCUUGACGUCAACGCACUAAAAGAGGAGUACGCAAAGCUGCGGGAGAAUAUUACGAAGGCGCUGGAGAACAUGAACGAUUCAGAUAAAGCUCAAUUCUUACGCAGUGAGCUCGAAGUCAUCGCGCAGUGUCUGGACGGUCUCGAAAGCAACUUGUCCGCUUACCUUCUACGGCUGCGGGCUCUGCGGGACCUGCUGCAAAGUAUGGCACGUGCUGAAGAUAUCGUGAAAGUUCAUGAAGCCAGAUUAACAGAGAAGGAAACCACUUCUCUGUUGCCGGGAGAGGUCAAUGACUACUUGAGGACUCUGAAGAAUAUUCAGGACGAGUUGGAUGGGAAACGCGAUGUUGUGGCCUCGAUGGAAGCAGAACUUGCCAAGGCGCUCCACUGGAAUGGCCAGGUGGGGGGGCCCCUCUACAGGUGCGACAUGAUCCUGUCAAAUUGCGGCGAGCAGGCGGGCCAACUGUCAGACCGCUGGAGACGAAUCCAGGCGCAGAUCAAUACCAGAGUGCAAGACUUGCAGAGUUACCUGCCUCAACUGGAGCACUACAAGCGGUCCAGCUCCUCCUUCCGUGACUGGAUGGGGGACACUGGCAAAAAGCAAGCCAUUCUGCAGGCCGCCCACAUCCAGAAUGUUCAAUCUCUCAAGGACCACAUCAGCAGUCAGAAGGCUCUCAACGCAGAAAUCAAAGCAAAGAGGGAAACCUUAGAAAGCGUCCUGAAAAACAACAGCGCCUGUGUCACCGCCAUCAAGGAUUAUGAAACAGACCUGGCCAGUUACACCUCUGGCUUAGAGACUCUGCUCAACAUCCCCAUCAAGAGAACAACGCUAAGAUCGCCGUCCGUGGAUCUUAUUCAGGAGGCUGCUCAACUGCAGACCCGUUACAUGGAGUUACUCACUUCGUCUGACAACUACUUGAAAUUCAUAGGAGAGCUUCUCAAAAACAUGGAGGAUCUUAAGAUUCGAAGCACUCGGAUUGAGGUGCUGGAGGAAGAGCUUCGCAUGUUGAGGGAGGCUCUCCAGGAUCGCAAGAGCAAGAACAAGGCUCUCGAAGACGCCGUGGCGCGCUAUCAACUGGAGCUCUCCCAUUCACAGGAAAAGCUGCUGUCGGUGGAGGAGAUGAAGCGAACCACCGCUCUGCAGUGCGACGCCGCAAAAGACAGCCUGGAUGACACUCACAACCAGCUGGCGGACCUCGCUGAUCAGGUGACCCGCCUCAACUACUUGCUGGAGGAAGAAAAGAGGAAGAGGAAACUGGCAGAGGAGCGCUACACCAAACAACAAGAGGAGUACGAGUCUGUCCUUAGGAAAAGGCAGACCGAGUUAGAGAGCGUCAGCUGGUCCAAAGUGGAAGUGGAAAAGACGAUGGGCAAUCAAGAGCAUGAGAUGAAACAACUGCGGCGGAAGCUCGAAGAGGAAACCUCCAAGGCGGCGGAGCUGCGGAAGGAGAUUUCAAAGACAUCAACCGCAAUGCUCUCACUGCAGUCACAGUGCAGUGAGACUGAGAGAGAGCGAGAUGCGCUGCUGUUGAAACUUCAGUCGUCUGGGACAGACAAAGAUCACCUCCAAAAGCUGGAGGAGGAACACAGACGCGUGAAGCUGUCUCUUGAAUCGGAGCUUCAAAAGAAUCAACGUGUACAGGACGAGAAUGACAGGCUGAAGAGAGAUUUAAGUUACUGGAAGGAACAAUGCCAAAGCAAGCAGGGUCUUGUUGACCAAUACGAUGCGGACAAGGAACGUCUGGAAAGGGAUAGGAGGAGUUUGGAAAGGGAGAUAGAGAAGCUUCGAAAGGAACUGAGUGACAGUGAGAAAACAUAUCGAGAGAAGCUGGCAGUCCUCCAGAAAGAAAUCACAGAGUUGACGAUUCUAAGACAAAAUGCGCAAGAUGAGGUCAGGAAAAGUAGAGAGCUACCGAUGUUGGAUCCCUCCGCUGUCAUUUUUGAUGGCGUCCGCAAACCAGUGGCAGCAGGCCCAUUGUUUGACUGCGGUAUUUUGGAUAAAGUCACCUUUAACCGGCUCAUUCGAGGGCAAAAGUCUGUUCCUGACGCGUCCGACGACAUCAAAGUUAGCCUCAAAGGAACAGGCCCAAUAGCGGGGGUGAUCAUUGAAAACCCACAAGGGGACGGUUUGGUUUCUGGAUGUCCCUUUAAGAUAAGCCUCACUGAAGCAAAGAAAGAGGGCCUCCUACCACCGGAUGCCGUUGACCUGCUGCUGGACGCUCAGGCAGCCACGGGCUACAUCAUUGAACCAAAAACUGAUCAAAAGCUAACGGUCGAGGAGGCAGUUGCCGCCGGAGUGGUGGACCCAAGAGACCGAGAGAGACUUUUAGUGGCACAGGCUGCUGCCGUUGGCUACAAGGAUCCCGGUGCAGUCAAACCACUUUCUGCGUACGAGGCCUUGAGAAGGGGACUGAUCGACAGGACAACGGCACUGCGUUUAUUGCAGGCCCAGGAGUGUGUUGGAGGCAUACUGGAUCCAAAUCUCAGUGUGUUCCUUCCCAAAGUCACGGCUAUUGAUCGUAGUAUUUUGGAUGAAAACCUUGGCUACGCUCUGACCCAGAAUCCCAAGUGUUACCUUGACCCAGACACGAACCAGGGCAUCAGUUACGGAGAUUUGAAGAAACGAUGCAAGACCGAGGCUCACACCGGUCUGCUACUGUUGCCGGUCACCGAGCGAAAAGACCCCUCCAAAUUGGUAUUUGAUGGUGUUCGCAAGACAGUAACAGCACAACAACUGCUUGACUGUGGAGUCUUGGACAAAGCGACGUUUAAUCAACUAAUCGCGGGGGAGAAAACUGUCCCGGAGGUGUCUGCGGAAAAACAGGUUUUCCUCAAAGGGACCGAUGUAAUCGCUGGGGUUUCAGUUGGAUCAUUCCAAAAAAUGUCCUUGACUCAGGCCAAGAAACAAAGUAUUCUUUCCCCCGAGAGUGCCGACUUGCUACUUGAAGCUCAGGCAGCCACAGGACACAUCAUUGACCCGCAGACGAAUCAGAAAUUGACCGUGAAGGAGGCAUGCGCGAGAGGCGUCAUCAGUAAGGAAGACGAAUCCAAAUUGUUUGCUGCCGAAGGUGCCGCCAUAGGUUACAGAGACCCAAAUACUCUGUCGCUCUUGUCGGCCGGCCAGGCCAUGAAAAAGGGGCUGAUUGACAAGGACGCGGCCCUUCGCGUGCUUCAGGCUCAAGAAUGUGCAGGAGGUAUUUUAGACCCUACCCUCAGUGUAUACCUACCAAGGGACAUCGCUAUGGAUCGAAAUCUGAUCGACGCAGAGCUAUACAAGGCCCUCAGCCAGUCUCCUCAAUGCUAUUUGGAUCCAGACACGCAACUGCCAGUGAGCUAUCUGUCCCUGAAGAAAAGAUGCAGAGCAGACACCAUCACGGGUUUGUUGCUUCUCCCAGAACCGAAAAAACCAACAACCGUCCAAGGGCUUCGGGGUCAGGUGUCUGUCAUAGAUCUAGUGAAUGCCCACCUGCUGGAGCCAACUGAUAUUGAUAAACUGAAAGAAGGGAGAUUGACAGGUCAGGACAUUGAGUACCGUCUGCGCUCCUAUCUGGGCAAGUCCACAUGCAUAGCAGGACUACUUGACGAAACCGCUGAUAGGGUGAUGACAUUUUAUGAAGGCGUGAAAGGUGGACUCUUGCCACCCGAGACCGCUCUAAAGCUUCUCGAAGCCCAAGCUGCCUCGGGUUUUAUCGUCGAUCCAGUGAACAACAGACACCUCACUGUGAGUGACGCUUAUAACAGAGGACUAUUUGGGCCAGAGUGUCUGGACAAACUGCUAGCAGCAGAAAAAGCUGUGACAGGUUACAAACAGCCUGGUACAGAAAAGGUCAUCUCUCUCUUCCAGGCAAUUAAGAGGGGUCUAGUUGCGGAAGGCCAUGGCAUCCGUCUGCUAGAGGCCCAGUUCGUCAGUGGUGGCAUUAUCGAUCCUGAUCACAGCCAUCGGAUUGAUAUAGGCGUGGCCUACAGCAGAGGAUACUUGGAUGAGGCAAUGACUAAGAUCCUGACCAAUCCGGAGGUUGCUCGUAAGGACUUUGUUGAUCCUAACACUGAGGAAAACUUAACUUACACGGAGCUGAAGAAACGUUGCAUUACUGAUGGAAAGACCGGCCUGGUCCUUUUGCCAAUAGCGGACAAGGAAAAAGAAGCAACUAUGAAAAACACCUCGAGAAAGAGGAGAGUCAUAAUUGUGGAUCCGCAGACUAAUAAGGAGAUGACUGUCCGCGAAGCAUACGAGAAAGGAUUUAUCGACUUCAGCACCUACCUGGAGCUGUCUCAGCAGGAGUGCGAGUGGGAAGAGAUCACCAUCACUGAACCGGAUGGUUCCACGCGUUUUGUCAUAGUUGAUAAGAAGACGGGUACAGAGUAUGACAUCAGUGAACUGCUCGAAAAAAGAGUCAUUGAUCGGUCAGUUUUUGAUCAGUACCGCUCAAAUAUGAUCAACUUAACGCAGUUUGCAGAUAUCAUCGCUGAAAAGAGUUGGCGGGGAUUGCCACCAACAAGUUCCACAGUACCGUCUUUGUCAUCAACAGUUAUGUAAAAAUCUUCUCUCACAAAGAUAACUACAACAAUACCGCCCACUAUUAAAGAGCACAGCUUUGCAACCUAGCGGUGGUUCU